AUGUCAAGAAUCAGCAAGGAUAUUUUUACGCUGUUUGAUAAACAAGCUAAGGGUUCUAUCUCGAAGCCUCAAUUGGGCGAUUACCUGCGGGCAAUAGGAUACAAUCCAACAAAUGGUUUUGUUCAGGAAAUAAGUCAAAAACUCCCAGAUCAAUUGAGUCUAGAUGAUAUUGCUACCGUGGAGAAGACUCACGAAAAAGAACUAAACGCUUCAAUGGAGGGUCGUUUGGAGGACUUCGUAAAAGCUUUUCAAGUAUUUGACAAGGAAAACACAGGAAAAGUUACAGUGGGCGACAUUCGUUAUAUGCUAACUGGUUUAGGCGAAAGAUUGACUGAUGAAGAAGUUGAUGAGUUGAUGAAAGGUGUUGAAGUCGACGCUGAUGGUGGUGUGGACUACAAGAAGUUCAUUGAAGAUGUAUUAAGACAGUAA